AUGAACCCCGGAAUGGUCGGGAUCCUACUCUGCGCCCUGCUAGGCGCUGCCUUGGGGCACCGCAUGCGAUGCUAUGACUGUGGUGGUGGCCCCAGCAACUCCUGCAAGCAGACCGUGAUCACCUGUGGUGAGGGUGAGCGCUGCGGCUUCCUGGACCGCAAACCCAACCCAGGACAAGCCAAGCAACCCUCCGUGACCUUGGGUCAGCACCACCCCGCCUGUGUGGCCACCCACCAUUGCAACCAAGUGGACAUAGAGUCAGUGGGAGGUGUGACUUUCACAACCCAAAAAAACUGCUGCUUCGGAGACCUGUGCAACGGCGCCGUGGUGAGCUCCGUGACCCCUUCCUGUAUCUUGGCGGCAGUUGUUACCACCCUGGCCUGGCUCUUGCCGUGA